GACAAAGGACAAGUUAACAAGGUAAGCAGUCGAAUCAGUGGCUAUUCAUUGUAAUGAAUCUGAUUCUUUAUGGCUUGAAAUUGAUGCAUUCUUGUUUUAAUCUCGCAAUGUCUCUGAUUUUUUAUAGGCAUCUGUCAGAAUGGAACUUCAUCAUGUGGCCCUGCUGUGCACCUUUUUCUGCUUUGCGCAGGUUUGGUCAGUGCCAACAAACUGCAUCCUUAGUAAAGCCUUACUGCAGGAUUCCUAUACAGCGUUAGAGACUGUGGGGGGACUUUUCCCCGGGCAGUGCCUGAAGGAAUAUGUUUCCAUACCUAUCCCGAAAAGUGCGUUCGAGUCUGACAACACGGAUCAGGUUACUGGUGUAGAAAAAGCUGUUUACCAGACGCUUGAAAAUAUUGACGCAUUGUUUGAGAACUACGAUGAUCCAGACCAGUGGGAUGCAAAAAAGUGGAAUAAGUUUCGAGGCCUCCUGUUCCGGCAGAUUGUGUUCAGCAAAUGCAUCAAGAGCAAGUCUGAAGAUGCACAGGAUUUCCCCAACAGAGAAGCCUCACUCAAGGUUUACUUCGAGACUUUAUCCUCAACUCUGAAAGAAAAGGAUUUCAGUUACUGCGCAUGGGAAAUUGUCAGAAAAGAGAUUCUCGGCACCCUGGAGUUCAUAUUGAAACACAAAAAAGACAUCUUGACAUAAGUUUUCAGAAUUAUAAAUGCGUCCUUAUUGAUUGAUUGAUUGAUCUAUUUAUUUAUUUAUUUAUUUAUUUAUUUAUGUAUGUAUGUAUUUAUUUAUUUAUUUAUUUAUUUAUUUAUUUAAUGUUUUAUUGUCUGUUUGGUUGUCUAGAGGUUUAUUCUGUUUCUAAUCACUGUAUUGGACGUUAAUUGUCAGUUUCACUUUUAAAUUGCAUCACACCAUUUCCAUUCAGCACUGGACAGUUCAUAUAUAUUUAAGAUAUAUUUUUGUGACAUUUUUUGUGACAAGUUUUUGUUAUUUCUAAAUAAAAAUUACAUU